UUUGCUUCUCGCCGCCAUGUCUGUCUCCCUCCAGCCGUCAAGUGCUCUGGGUUUUCCUCGCCCCCUCACCCAGCAGCGCACGCGCUCGCUGGCCGUGACUAACCACAAUAAUGCCCCGGUGGCUUUCAAGGUCAAGACCACGGCGCCCAAGCUUUACUGUGUGCGCCCCAACUCUGGCAGGGUAGAGCCUGGCGAGACCGUCGAGGUUGCGGUCAUGCUCCAGGCCCUCAAGGACGAGCCUCCUCUCAAUGCCAAGUGCAAGGACAAGUUCCUUAUCCAGAGCACCAUCAUCACCCCGGAGAAGGAGACCUUGCCUCUUCAAGAAAUUUGGAACACGGAUGGCGACGAGACCCGCGUCCACCAACAAAAACUUCGCGUUACCUACUUGCCGCCGGAGGGUCAGACGGUGCCCGAGGAGGACGAGAGCGUGGCGAACAUGAGCUCCAUGAUCGGUGAACAGCGCUACGACACUGUCCGCCAACAACCGAACGGCGUUCCCGAGGCGAUCCCCGAAUUCAACGAGCCACCGCACGAGGAGCCGCCCCGCGCGCCCACGCCCACCCAAUAUACCGCCGCGCACGAAGAGCAGCACGAGGAGUACUCGCAUCCGCCCGAGCCUGCAGCGCCCGUCACCGUCAAUGUCCACCCUCCGCCCCCCACGCCCCCUGUCGCCCAGCAGCAGUUCCAGGCUGAGCAGCCCGCGCCUGCACCACAGGUCGCUGCCGCCGUCGCGUCAGCGCCCAAAGACGAGCCCUCCAAGGAGACGCUGGAGUACGCUGCGAAGUACCAGGAGGCGCUCCGCGAAAUCGAGAGGUUGCGCGCGUUGCUCGCCAGCGCGCCCAAGGCCCCCGAGUCUGCGCCGCCAACGGAGGUCCGCAGGCGCACGCGGAAACUUUCCGAGGACGAGAGCUCGAUUGCCGACUCGGACGUGCGCAGCGUUCGCACCGGCGUGUCAUCGCGUACGGGCGUCUCCUCGCGGUCAUACGACGACCGUGACCUUCAGCAGGACGGCGUGCCCUUGCAGGUGGUCGUCGUCAUCGCGUUGACGGUGUUCACGAUGACGUACCUCUUCUUCUAAAUGUCGCCUAUUCCGCUGCCGCCGCGGCCCGCCCACCCUCGUUUACGGACGCUCUCGCGUUGCUUUCUGUCUACCUGUCUGUCGAUACAAUACGACUGUGUCUAUGCGAUACGAUCGUGUGAUUGUGGCACGAUUCUUGGUUGCUGGCACGCACGACCUUGUUGGUGAUACGCUCGUUCAGCGACGGGAGGGAGUCCGUCGCUGCGUAUUUAACGCUGUUCAUAUUUUCCGUUUUUCUGCGCAUGUAUAUUCUUUCUCUCCGCUUCUCUUUUUUAUUCUCGAGGGCUGGUGAUCGGGGCGUCGCACGUCUAGAGUGGUGGGCGUCGUGUCGUAUUCUACGCGAUACCUGGUCGGUAAAGUUUGUCCCUAGUACGUAGGUUUGGUUUACAAUGACGGAUUUCCUUUUCUUUC